CCUAGCGGUUUUUGUCGCCUACCUCGUGAGCUAAUCCUUCCCUUCAUUCAAUCAGUCUCGACUGACUCGCGAAUCGCUCUAGUUCGGUUACCAAGGAUUGUUUUGUGUUUUUGCUUUACCCUGUGCUGUAUCUGUGAAGUGUUUGAAAGUUAUCUGCGUCAUCGUUUCCAGCUGCUCCAUCCAACGGAACUUACGAUCUGAUAGUGUUUGUCAACAACGCGGCCACAACAAAAAAUCGCCACGUGAUUCUCUUUUCUGGUGUGAGCGAGAACCCCAUCACAAGGAGAGAGAGAGUGUGAGAGCGCGCGCGAUAUCAAAACACGCACACCAACACAUAACCCCACUUUUAUUCUCCCGCCUUCGACUCGAGUGCAGAAAAUCGCAACCAUGUCUCUCAGUCAAGUUCUGAACGUCUGCCCAAGGAGUGCCAUCGCUGGACUGGGAAUAGCAGCAGCCAGUAGUGGAACAACAUCAACAGCAGCAGCAAGAAGAAGUGUAGGCCGCAUAUCAACAUUACUGCUCUCAUCGACCCUCAGCAGCCAGGACACCACCAGAAGAAACAUGUCGACGUCGCCCUGCGCCUACAAGCAAUGUAUCACCCUGGACAACAUCAAUCCGGCCAUCAAGCUGAUGGAGUACGCCGUUCGUGGCCCUCUAGUCAUCCGGGCCGCUGCCAUCGAGAAGGAACUGGAACAGGGUGCCAAGAAACCGUUCAAGGAAGUGAUCCGGGCCAACAUCGGUGACUGCCAUGCCAUGGGACAGGAACCGAUUACGUUCCUCCGCCAGGUGCUCGGUCUGGUGUCCUACCCGCCACUGUUUGAGGACAAAUCGAUCCCGGAGGAUGCCAAGAAGCGCGCCCGGGAUAUCCUGUCCGGUUGCAAGGGCCACUCCGUGGGUUCCUACACCGAUUCGAACGGUAUCGAAAUCAUCCGGAAGCACGUGGCCCAGUACAUUCAGGACCGCGACGGUGGAGUUCCGUCCGAUCCGAACAACAUCAUCCUCUCGGCCGGAGCAUCCGGUGGCAUCAAAGUGCUCAUGUCCCUCCUGAGGUGCCCCAUCGAUGGCAAGACCCCCGGAGUGAUGAUUCCGAUUCCGCAGUAUCCUCUAUACUCGGCCACAAUCGCCGAAUUUGAAAUGGCACAGGUCGGCUACUACCUGGACGAAGCCAACAAAUGGGGACUAGAUAUUGCCGAGCUGGAGCGAUCGCUGAACGAAGCCAAGAAGACUUGUGCCCCGCGGAUACUGGUCGUCAUCAACCCGGGCAACCCGACCGGCCAGGUGCUGUCUCGUGAUAACAUUGAAAACAUCAUCAAAUUCGCACACAAGGAAAAGCUGGUACUGUUUGCCGAUGAGGUCUAUCAGGACAAUGUCUACGAACAGGGAUCCAAGUUCCACUCGUUCAAGAAGGUGAUGAUGGAGAUGGGAGCCCCCUACAACCAGAUGGAACUGUGCAGCUUCAUGUCCUGUUCAAAGGGUUACAUGGGUGAAUGCGGAAUCCGUGGAGGAUACGCCGAGGUUGUGAACAUGUGCCCGGACGUUAAAGCCAUGCUGCUGAAGUGCAUUUCGGCGCAACUCUGCCCGACCACCAUCGGACAGGCCUGUAUGGAUGUGGUGGUGAACCCACCGAAACCCGGAGAGCCAUCGUACGAACAGUUCAUGAAGGAAAAGAACGCCGUGCUGGCUUCGCUGAAGGUACGAGCCGAAAUGGUGGCCAGCACGUUCAACUCGAUCGAAGGAUUCUCCUGCAAUCCUGUGCAGGGUGCGAUGUACUGUUUCCCACAAAUACGGCUGCCGGAGAAGGCUAUCGAGGCGGCGAAGAAGGCCGGCCAGGCUCCGGACGUUUUCUAUGCAUUCCAGCUGUUAGAGCAAACCGGUAUUUGCAUCGUGCCCGGUUCUGGAUUCGGUCAGCGCCCCGGAACGUACCACUUCCGCACCACCAUCCUGCCCCAGCCGGCCAAGCUGAAGGAAAUGCUCGACAUGUUCCGGGCGUUCCACGAAAAGUUCCUGAAGCAGUACAAGUAAAUCCUCGGAUCAAUCUCUCGGCCAUAGCGACAUCAAGUAGGUUCCACACGCCUACACCGCCAUCACUCCACCAUCUCCUAUAACACCCCGAAGAUCCUCGAGAUCUGCUGCCAACCAGCCUAGGCGCUUCAACUGGACGCAAAUUUUACUCUUCAACUCGAGUCAGACAUUGUUGUUUGUGAAUCGCCCGGUUUCGAAAACCAAACGGAUUCAAUUGAGAUACAUAUACUCUUAUACACGAAAGCCAAGCAUCUAUACACAUAUAAUAUCUAGUAGUGAAAAAAGCGCGCAUUGCACGUAAAGCAUACAGAAAGGUCGUAUUACAAAGUCGAUCUAAUCGGCGCAAUCGAACUCGAGAUCUAUUAUACACAAUUAGAUUCAUCCCCAGAACGACACCCUGUGUGAGUACGAAUCCAGUUUUAGGUGGCAUUAGGUAGCUUUCGCGAUUGAAGAUAGAAACAAUUAAGUCGAUCCACCCUAACUCUCGAUGGUGAUCAUUUUUUUUUUUUAAUUACUUAGUUGCUUGCUUAGAUGUUUAAACGGCUUAAGCACUUUGCUUUUGUUUUCUUGUUCUUAUUUUAAUUUGUCGGCUUCGUUCGCCAUUUUAGCGUGUAAAAUUAUACGAACAAUUACUUAAAAUUGGCAACCGAAUAUGAUGGAUAAAAGACAAUAAUAAUUUUUGGACCACCCUACACUGAGGGAUCCAUACAAAUUGGCCAAUCGAAAAACUAUAGUGUGUCACGUAUAUGUAUUUUAAUACGUUAUUGAAACAAAAGAUAUCAGUAGGACGAUAAUCUGGCGGGAGAAAAUAACUAAAAUUCGUACAACAGCCCAAAUGUACCUUACUAUUACCAGCGUUUCUUAUUUUGUAUUAGUCGCUCAUUUAUUGAUCCUCCCGUUUUGUGAAGAUGUAAACAUUUCUGCCAACGGCAGAAAGCUAUAAAUUAUUGUUCGGAAUGAUAAUGAAGAACACCGAAAGCAUGUUAUUGUGAAUAAAGUUUAAAAACAUAUAAGUAAAAUUUAAAA